AUGGCCAGGCCAAAUGUCCGAACGGCUAAUCAACAACGCCCUCGUCAACCGCUUAUUAACGGCGUACAGAGCGUAUUUCCCAAGGGUAAAUCUAACCCUUAUAGCAGGUUUCACCCACUGGGUGCACUUUUUGCAGCUGCCGUAGCUGUUAUUUUAGCGGUGUUUCUUUAUCAAUCCCUUUUCAUCUCCCCGAAGGGAGGAAAUUCCAAAAUCUCUACAUUUCUUUCCGAAGAUAACCUCUCCAAACUGGAAUCGAUCACUUCGGAGGUUGAAAAGCAACCGACGGCGCUAUUAUUUGGUGAGAUGAUGGAAGUUUCCACAAGGGUGGGUGGGUUCUUAGAGCUUGCCCUCCUUCAAAUGGUUACCGAGAGCGAGGAAACGCCUGAAAAUGAGGUGAUUUCCGUCUACGAUCACACCUUACUCCAGCGUUCGGGAAAGGUGAUUCGUAGAACGGUGGAUAUCGCCUAUGAAACGCUCUUAAAGCUAUUAAGAGGGGUCCCCAAUGCGAAUUUCCACCUCCCUUCUGAGCAUUCACCGCGAAUGCUGUUUAGUUGGAUGGUAUCCACCGCUCAAAUGUAUAACGCCGUGCUCACGGAGUUUUAUCUUCGCGAGGAUAACACUUACCACCACGCGGUAUCGCUCAUUCGUUCGGUAAACGUCUUAGGAUGGGCCCCUUCCACGCAUGCCAACUUUUUUAACUGGAGCGAAAGCCCAUGCCAAUCCUCCUAUGAAGCGGCUUCCGAGAAGUGGACGAGCUUUUGUGAGAAAUCUUGCACUUCGUUAACCACCAUUGCCACCCGCCAGGCGGCCUCUUACGAGGAGCUCAUUGCGCUUUACCCUCGUUAUGCCCCUUUUCGUUUGCAUUAUUUAUUUCUUCUUGCGUUAGGCGAGAUCCCGCAUGCCAAGAGUGAGGCCGUCCUUCAAACGAUCCACGCACAACGGAAAGGGUUAAGUACCUAUACCAAUGUGGACGGCUUUCACAGCUCUUGGCUUGAUCUUUUGGAAUUCCAUGUGCGUUCUUCUGAUCAGCGGAGCGCCGAGAAGGUUGACAACACCCGAAAGAUCGUUCGAGGGCUCUUGCAAUCGUGCGGGAACUUAUCAUCGCAUCAUUUUAUCAAGCUGAAUCACGUCAAACACGAAGUGCACUGGCCUGGGACGUUUUCCAACGAAAUACGUCCUCCACUGCUGACGCGUGCUCAAUCACUAAACUUUAUUAAAAAAACAUUGCCCAUCAUGAACGCACAGGAAGAAGCUAUUAUAUUAGAAGCCAUAAAAGAAUGUCAAUAG